UGUACACAAACUCGUAAAACCAAAAUCGAAUUUUUCAGAUCUCUCUUUAUCGCCAAUGUUUUAAGUGUAGUUUUUGCAACAUUCCCAGUAAUUAUGCAGUGCAUUUACUUCACAUCAGUAUUACUAGUGAUAUUUGCUCAAAAUGGACAAACCGACGAUGGUGGAAUGUGCAUGGCCAAAGAAACCUGCACGGAAACACAGCAGGAAGCACCGACCAACAAUCUGUACAAAGCCGCGGACAACAAAUACAUCACACUGAUCGAGGAGGCGCUCGCGGCCUACAAACCCUGCGAAUCGUCCAACUGCUCCUGCCAUUUGGACGUUCUCAAGACGGACCUCCGUCCGUUCAGAUCCGGCAUCACGCAGGACCUAAUCGAGCAGGCCCGUUCCUACGGCACCAAGUACCAAAUCAUCGGCCACAGACUGUUCCGCCAGCGGGACUGCAUGUUUCCGGCCCGCUGCUCCGGUGUGGAGCACUUUAUCCGACCCAACCUGCCGAAGCUGCCCGACAUGGAGCUGAUCAUCAACUGUCGCGACUGGCCGCAAAUCAGUCGGCACUGGAACGCCCCGCGGGAACCGCUGCCAGUGCUGUCGUUUAGCAAGACGAACGACUACCUGGACAUCAUGUAUCCGACGUGGGGCUUCUGGGAGGGCGGUCCGGCAAUUUCGCUGUAUCCGACCGGGUUGGGACGAUGGGACCAGCACCGGGUGUCGGUGCGGAAAGCCGCUAAAGUGUGGCCCUGGGAGAAAAAGCUCAACCAGGCGUUCUUUCGUGGCUCGCGAACUUCCGACGAGCGCGAUCCGUUGGUGCUGCUGUCCCGAAUGCGGCCCGAGCUGGUGGACGCUCAGUACACAAAGAAUCAAGCGUGGAGAUCCCCGAAAGAUACGCUGCACGCAGAACCUGCCCAGGAAGUUCGACUCGAAGACCACUGCCAGUACAAAUAUUUGUUCAAUUUCCGCGGAGUGGCGGCCAGCUUCCGCUUCAAGCAUCUCUUCCUGUGCAAAUCGCUCGUGUUUCACGUGGGCCAAGAGUGGCAAGAGUUUUUCUACGACUCGUUGAAACCGUGGGUUCACUACGUUCCAGUUCCGGUGGGGAUCAACGAGUGGGAGCUGGAACAGUUGAUUCAGUUUUUCCGCGAGCACGAUCAGCUGGCGCAGGAAAUCGCAGAUCGGGGCUACGAACACAUCUGGAACCAUCUCAGGAUGGAGGACGUCGAGUGCUACUGGAAGCGGCUGUUGCGCCGAUACGGCAAGCUGGUAAAGUACGAAGUGAAACGGGACGAGGAGCUCGUCGAGAUUUUCUAGAGUCUCUAAAGGUAAAUAUUGAAUCUCAAGCACGUGGUGACUGUUAAACAAUGAUGAUGGCGGUAAAAUAUCUUAAAAUAAAAAGCACGUGAUUUGAAAUGUA